CAAAUGACAAUUGACAUAUUUUGUCAUUCAGCCUACAGCUAUCCAAUUUGAUAGAUAACCUAAAUUUGUGAAAAUUCAUGCUGUUUUCAAUAUAUUUCUUUUAAAAUUAAAUCCAUCUUUGUGAUGUCUAAUUAGUUAAUGCAAGAAUCAUCAAGUUUUUAAAUGUGUAAAGUGUAACUUGGUGAUUGUGGUAUAAAUUAUUCUUUGCAUAAUGGAUUCGCCGGUAUCAGCGUUUGCCGUUUAUAGUACUCUUAAACCCAAAAAACAAAAGAAAAAUAAAACAAGAAAGCCAGCGUCACCGAAAAUCUUACCAAAAAAAACUGUAGACAAUGAUACGAUGCAUAAAAUUGGAUUAAAACUCAAGAAAAAGGGAAAUAUACAAAAAAAUGGUAAGAUUACUAAAAAGAAAACCCAGAAUAAAAAAAAAGUGACUCAGAGAAAAACAAAAGUGAAAGUUGAUAAAAGACUUGAUGAUAAAAUCCUGAUAUCAGAUGAUGAAGACAUCCCUCAGCUAAUACAAGGACCUUUACAAUGUGAUAUUUCGAUAAAUACAAAUGACAUAGAUUCUGGGACAUACUCCCCUCAAAGCAAUGAAAGCUUUGAAUUCACUCCUGUGAAAACUGACAGCAGUGAAGAAGGUUUAAAAAUUCUUAAGUGGAUGAUAGCACCUUGUACAGUUGAUGAAUUUUUAAAUCAAAUCUGGGAAAAGAAGCCCAUUCAUAUUUCUAGAAAGAAACCUAAAUACUAUAAGGAGCUUAUUACAACACCAAUGAUAGAUAAAAUGCUAAGAACAGAGAAUAUUCAGUUCACAAAAAAUAUAGACAUUACAUCUUAUAUAGAUGGCAAAAGAGAAACACAUAAUCCAGCUGAUAGAGCCCUUCCUCCUUUAGUGUGGGAUUACUACCUAAAUGGUUGUAGCAUAAGGCUAUUAAAUCCACAAACUUACAUGUCCCGAUUACACUUACUUAAUGCUACCCUUCAAGAAUUCUUCAACUCAUUUGUGGGGGCUAAUGCCUAUUUAACACCACCAGACAGCCAGGGCUUUGCACCUCACUAUGAUGACAUAGAAGCAUUUAUAUUACAAACUGAAGGAAAGAAACGUUGGCGUGUUUAUAAGCCCAGGGAAGAAAAUGAAGUACUUCCACGUGUUUCAUCAAAAAAUUUUACAGAUGAUGAAAUAGGUUCACCAAUGAUGGACAUUGUUUUAGAGGCUGGAGACAUGCUUUAUUUUCCUCGUGGAUAUAUCCACCAAGGUAUGACUAUUGAUGGAGAACAUUCACUUCAUGUAACAAUAAGUAUGUACCAAAAACACUCAUGGGCAGAUUUAUUUGAAAAAAUGUUACCAGCAGCAUUACAACUUGCAAUAAAUGAAAAUGUAGAAUUACGGCGAGGAUUACCAUUUGAUAUUUACGACAAUUUUGGUAUAGUACAUUCUGAUGUAAAUACCCCUCGCAAGCAAGAAAUUACUGAUUUAAUUAUAAGCAUGUUUGAUAAAAUUAAAUCACAUUUACCAAUUGAUGAAGCUGUUGAUCAAAUGGCUAAAAAUUAUCAAAGAGAUGCUUUACCACCAGUUGUGUCCGAUUUGGAGAAAGCUGUAACUGUGUAUGGAGACACAGAUGUUAUGGUAGAUGAUGGAAAGGUGAUUAACAGAGUGGAAAUAAGCCUGGACACUAGGAUUAGAUUGUUAAGAAAAAAUGUAUUAAGAAUGGUAUCAGAAGACUGUAUAAGAUUGUACUAUCAUGUUGCAAAUUCUCUGGAGUAUCAAGGAAAUGAAUUACCUUUCUUGGAAAUAGAAGAAGACAUGGCCCCAGCAAUAGAAACUUUAAUAACAUCAUAUCCAGAAUAUGUGUCUGUUGAAAAUCUAGAUUUACAAGAUGACUUUAAAAAAUUACAAAUUGCUGAUGUAUUAUGGACUAGGGGAUUAAUUAUGACUGAAUACCCAUUAGAAAAUAUUGAUGAUGAUUAAAUGUUUCAUAAGACAA